AUGGAUGAUAGGGCUACGAUCCAUGCGAGGGAGGCGAGGACACUUCGUGAUGCCACCGUACUCGCCAUAGCGGAGGUACGAAGCGACUCAGUGGCAGAAACAACGCGACUGACGCAUAUGAUCAAUGAAGUAGUUCACAUGCGUCACGGUUCACAUUAUCCGGACUCGCCAGUUGGCAACCUUGCCCAAUGCGCCUACGAAUCAGGCAACUGCGUGCUCAAAGACGGUUCAAUACUGCUGUGGACCCCGAACAAGGAAGAAGCCUGUCGAUUCACACCCGUCAUGAAGAUGGCCGUCGGUUGGGAGAGAUCUAUCAGCGAUUCCAAGGAAUUCGCUCUUUCUUGGCGCGACUCGAGUGACCGUAUCCAAGACUGCGGAGCACAGCUGAUCCUCUCCGAUCAGGGCUACGCGAUCGCGCCAGUCACCCGGCUUCCCCGUUCGGCGAGCGCGGACGCCGGUAUAAUUACCUCUAAUCAGCUGUCCGCGCAGCUCUUAGCUCUCGAGGGAUCAGUCGCGUCUGGAGUCUCAGCACUGUUUCACCACUCCCUGUCCGCCUUAUGCGACAGAACUAAUCUGUUGGCUUUCGCUCUUCAUACGUCACUAGCAACUAGUCCCACCCUAACAGUUCGCAAUCUCUUAGCUCGUGAGGACAUCUCCGCUACGUUUCUCGGCAACGACCUCGUGCAGCUUCACCGCUGCAUGAUGAUUCCGUCACGGCAUUUCCAGCUUCUCCCCUUCAAUGGUAAUGAGUCACGUUUAUCUGUCCCCGUUAAUGAUAAUUCGGUUGCGUUCGAUCCUACUAGACGCGAUGCGUCUGUUGUCGAGAACAGUACCACGUCUUUGGCGAUUAAGGAUGAGUCCACUAUGGACACAUCUGAGCCGACCAGCCAGGAUUCUUCAAGUGUGUCUCACACUCCCGCGGAGAAAGCCACGAGACUCCUAUGGCAACAGAUGACACCGCUUCGGCGACCGUUCUUGCACCUUCGGUACGACCUCGAUCGAGGCAGGUCUCUCUCUUCCUCAGCCAAUGAGGACGCUCCUUGCUCUAGCGCUUCGUUGCGUAGGUUUCGCAGCGAUCAACACCUCGCACCCAAGGAGAGGGACCCUAUGGCUACCAUGACCGCUUCCAUGGAGCAGCUGUGUGUCGACACCGCAAAACAGCCCGCGCAAGCUUCAGGUCGUGCUUCACCUACGGGUCCACCAGUAAAGGGAUCCGGUUGGAUCGAAGCAAAGGUUAGCGAAGAUCUGCAACACCGCCUGUUCGGCGCUUGCUGCGGUCAACGCGGCAGGGGAUGA